AUGGACAUUUCUACUAUCCCCGCAAUCAGUCUUACCGACACUCCCGAGGGUAUUAUCGAACUCAUCGACUUACUGGGCCAUAGUGAUCUUCCCACUUGUCCACCCUCUGUCUAUAUCGACCUAGAGGGAAUCAACAUUGGUCGUAAAGGCUCAAUCGCGAUCCUCCAAGUCUAUAUCCUCCCGAAUAAAAAGACCUUUCUUGUGGAUGUUCACAAUCUCCGUGAACAAGCAUUUUCCACUCCCAAUUCAUCCGGCCUUACCUUGAAAGCAAUCUUGGAGUCCACAUUCAUUCCAAAAGUCAUCUUCGACGUCAGAAAUGACUCUGAUGCUCUGUAUAGCCACUUUGGCGUGAAACUACAAGGGGUCAUCGACCUUCAACUUAUGGAACUUGCAACUCGAUCUCAUAAUCAGAAAUUUCUCAGCGGGCUUGGAAGAUGCAUGGAUCAAGAUCUCGUGCAAACUCCUGAAGAGCUCGAAGUUCGAAGCGUCAUAAAGAAGCGUGGAGUACAACUAUUUGCGCCAGAAAAGGGGGGAAGAUAUGAGGCCUUCAAUGAGAGGCCGCUUGAUCCCGCAAUCGUGGAUUAUUGUGUUCAAGAUGUUCAGCUCAUGCCACAGUUGUGGGACAUUUACAAUGCAAAGCUUAAUUUAAUGGACAAGAGAUGGGCUACUAAAAUUGAGCGAGAAACAAAAGCUAGGCUUCUGUUAUCUCAGAGUCCAGGAUUCAAUGGGAAGGGACAGCAUAUGGCAAAAGCACCACCCACGUGGUAA